AUGCCUUGCUUCAUCUACAUCAACGGCUACCCCGGUAUCGGGAAGCUCACGAUCGCGAAGGAGCUCCAGCAAUUACUCCCAGACUCAAAGGUCUACCACAAUCACCUCCUCAUCGAUCCCAUCGACGCCCUCGUCGAGCGCUCAUCUCCAGGCUACCAUGAGAUGCGAACGGGUCUACGGCGAUACGUCCUGAACGAAAUUGCGACGUCGGAAUGUACAAAGGAUAAAACGUGGAUCUUUACGGAUGCGCGAGAGGUAACCGCACCGGGGAGAAUGGAGCGCCAUAGAUUACGAAGCUGCUGCGAUAAAGAGAGCCGUUUCGUUCAUAUCGAUCGUGCUGGAAUGCGAGAUUGGGGAGAACAUAAGGCGAGCGAUCAACCCAACGCGGGUUGCAAACAUCGGUGCGAAGCUUACGGACGAGACGAUUUUGAGGCCGAUUCUGGAGAACGAGACAAUCUAUCGCUUCGGGAACGAGACCGAGUUGGUGCUGGAUGUCACGAAAUUGAGUUCGAAGGAAGCUGCUUUGCGGAUUAA